CGGCUGAAAGUUGGGACAAGCAGGAAGUGAACGCUGGCGGCUGGGGGAGGAAAUAGACUAAACAAGUUCAGCUGCUGACAGGCCUGAGCUGCUGAGAAGAAUGGAGGAAGCCAGUGAAGGUGGAGGAAAUGAUCGUGUACGGAACCUGCAGAGUCAGGUGGAAGGAGUCAAGAAUAUCAUGACCCAGAAUGUGGAGCGGAUUCUGGCCCGAGGAGAAAACUUGGACCAUCUCCGCAAUAAGACAGAGGAUCUGGAAGCCACAUCGGAGCACUUCAAGACGACAUCGCAGAAGGUGGCUCGGAAGAUGUGGUGGAAGAAUGUCAAGAUGAUCGUCCUCAUCUGUGUGAUUGUUUCUAUCAUCAUCCUCUUCAUCGUGCUCUUUGCCACUGGAGUCAUCCAUUAAGUAACUUAGGGUGUCCUGCCUGCCUUCUCUUUGGCGGCAACCACUCAUAAUGGGUACCAAGAGGGGCCCUCUCUCCUGUCCUCUUCCAUAGGUAAUGCUGCUAGGUCCUCCUGCCCCUCACUCUGAGGCCCCGCUGCCAUGUUGUAUUCCCCAGGGAGUACCUUAGUCCCCCCAGAAAGAGAGAGCUGAACUGUGGCUGCAUUUCACUGGUCUUUAGAGUGGGUUGGAGAGACCCAGAGGGCCCAGCAUGUGGCUGGGAAAUAGUUGGUGGCUAGUGGACAAUAAAGACCUUUCAGUAUCCUUAUGUGUAA